AUGACCGACCACCGUCGGGUCCCAGCGACUGCGGCGAUCCCGCCGCCGCCGCCGCCGCCGCCGCCGCUGCCCAAAAUAAAAACCCGCUCGUACUUUGAGCGUUUCGUCGCCCAGCCCUUGCAGUCGGCCGCCUAUGCCUCGCGGCCGCCGAGCGUGCAGGCACAUCGUGCGGACGGCGCGCCUCUGAAUCCGCUAGUCCCAAAGCUGCUCGGCAUCCGCACCGGCCACUCGCUGGAUGCCACACACAAGACCGGCCUGGACAUCGCCGCCCUUGACAUCAACCGCGAGCGCACCCAUGCCGUGCUUGCUGGCAAGGAAAUCCUCAAGACGGUGCGUGUCGACGGCACCAAGAUCGUCGACGAGACCAAUCUGCGCGCUGCCGUGCUCACCUAUGCCGACUCUGCACGCCAGCGCGAGGGCCUGGGCAUCCAGGACGUCAAGUGGUCGCAUGGCCAGUUCAGCUCGCAUAUUGCAACUGCCGUCGCCAAUGGCAAAGUCAUCCUGUACGACCUGAAUCGUGCCAGCGUAGAGCUUGUCAGACUGCAUGAACACACACGUCAAGUCCACAAGCUCGCCUUCAACCCGCACCAGGGCCAUCUGCUGCUCUCUGCGAGCCAUGACGCCACUGUUCGCCUUUGGGACUUGCGUGAUUUGCGUCGAGAUGCUGCCUGCACGAGCCGGGACCAGUUUCCGGGGAUCAGUGGCGGCAUCCGUGACGUUCAGUGGUCUCCUACCGAUGCCAUGGAAUUCGCCUUUGGCACAGACAACGGCACCAUACAGCGUUGGGACUUCCGUCACAACAAGGGCCCCAAGCAAAAGAUCCCUGCACACGACCAGAAGACGUGCACGUCAAUCGACUGGCACCCUGAUGGAAAGCACUUACUCAGCGCAGGCGUAGACCGAACCAUCAAGAUUUGGGACUUUUCUGUCGACGGUCGACGGCAAAAAGCCGUUUACGUCCUAACUACACCCUAUCCCGUGCACAGAGCCAGAUGGAGGCCACCCUACUGGUCUGAUGAGUUUCAUGAAAAGGGCGCGUUUCAGUGCACACAGGUGGCAACAUCUUACGAUCGAGAUCAUCCAGUCAUACAUGUCUGGGACUUCCGACGCCCGCAUCUGCCUUACAGGGAGAUCAACAAGUUCCGGAGCCAGCCAUCAGAUAUGCUCUGGCACACACGUGACACAUUGUGGACUGUUGGCAGAGAAGGUAUAUUCCAACAAAAUGACGUCCAUCAUGCCCCGAAGACUACAGAACGACGGCCUUUGCAAGCAUUCGCGAUAUCGCCAAACGGAGAAGUAAGUGGCGUUGCGCAGAAGCGAUUACGACAACGGCGUUCUGCAAGCCUACCGUACGACGAUGAGUAUCUUGGUGCACCUACUGAGAAGCACGGCAGCCUGGAGAAAAACAGUCUACGCAACUCUGCAGACAACAGCUUCGACGAGAGCCUCCUCUCCUCUUCGUUAAAGCGCCACCAUGGCCGCACGGCCAGUAAUAGAUCGGCAAAGUCGUUUAGUAGUACCCCUCCGUCCGACGUCACGCCUAAAGUCAUGUUUUUGCCUGAUUCUAUGAGUAACCAAAGUGGCCAGUUCAAGCCGGACCAACUUGCAUUUCGGGGAGUCCUCCCAGGUGCGAUCAAUGUUCAGGUCUUUGCAUAUCUUGCCCAGAAAUACAAGGCGCAGUCACUGCCUGAUCGCCCUACCUUAGAGUCGUAUUUGGACCUGGAACAACCCUUCCAGCAGAACGCUGAAUACGCACAAAGAGCUGCGUAUCACAGGCUUGCCCAAACUUGGACUUUGAUUGGUGCGGCCAUGUCUAAUGCGACCCAACGUCGUGCAGAGAUACAUAGGAGGCAGCGGCUAAAGAAUAAAAAGGCCAAAUUCGAGGAUCCAAACAACACCUCUGGCCAGUUGCAUGUACAUAGCAAGCCUCAGAAUCCGGCUGUCCGCGCACUUCUUGGGACUCUCGAUAAGCCACGUUCUGCAUCGCCUCGCAUGAGAGCGACUACUCAUGUGGAAAGCACCUCGAAUCUGGCAACACCACUUGCACGCCCUGUCGAUACGUCUGCCCCACAAUCUGCCGAUCUACGGAGGCCCGAACUUCCCGACCCGGACCAUGACGAAAAGAUUCAUCUCCCUCCAUCAGUCUUGGGGGUUCCGGAAGCCAGUAACGAGCGAGGUGUUGCGUUUCCCAAACAUAAUGGAUCUAACGGAGGUCACUGGUACGAUUCUCCUGAAGGCCUAGAAGAACGUCGAGCUGCAGCAGGGAGCUGGCGCGCCUCGCCUCGGACACCUUUAAACCUAAACCCAGCAUCUGCUUAUACUAAUCAUCCGCUCGUUCCGCCUCCACUGGAGCGACACAACUCGGGUGAGAGUUUCACUAUGUUUUCUGCGUCGACCGACUCUCAGCACGGAAGCUCAGUAUCAGGCUCGUUCGAAAGUGACAACUUCGAUCUGCACGGGGUGGAGGGAUUGUCGACGGGUUGGCAACAUGAGCCUGACAAAUCGAGUUUUGGUAGGCCUACAGGCACCCCCAGUCUUGACCAAGAGCCAAUUCUGAGUCCAACUACAAAAGGGGGUCCAGGCACGAUCCCGAUCCUUGCCAUAUCUCAAAGCCAGCACGACAAUUCGGCUGCUAGCAAUAUCGAUACUGGCCAUCUAAUGCUGCCCAAUAGCGCCGAUAGGGUUACUCAAGACAUGGACGCUUUGCGACGGACAAAUCAACUCAUGCGCCAUGACAGCUCAGAGUCGUCUGCAUAUGCGAGCAGUCACGAAAGCACCUCGUUUUCGUCCACUUACGAUGCUGACAUGGAGGCUAGUGGCACCAUCAUUCCAGAUGUGCAUGAGGAACCAAAGUCUCCACAAGCUCUGAAGUCAUCUGCAACAUCACCUGCUAUCGCAAAGACUAUCUCCCAUUCGACCGUGGCUGCGAAAGAUAGCCAGAUGCUAUUGUCAGACUUUGAAGCAUUGCAGGUUGAUGCUGAGAGUACGUCAGCAUUCACAGUCGUUGACUUACUGAACAGUAUCCUCGAGUUUCACACAAACACCUUAUCCGACGCGCAAUUCCCAUCGUUGCUUCUGCUCCUGCUGACACCGCUGUUACCCCAAACGCAUGGACCGUCCGACAAAUCGGACAUUGAUGUGAACGAGGUUUUGAGUGCCUUCUCGGACACAUUUCUAGCUCUAGGCCUCACGCCUACACAGGCCAAAGCCAUUUUAUCGAAACAGCUAGCAGAAGUGAUAGCUACGGGUAUCAAUCCCUACCAAGCCGAGUCAAUUCUUCAUACGUAUCAUGCACAGAUGCACAGCCUGUCACUCUUCAAUUCGGCAGCUUCUCUUCGGCGGCUUGCAUAUCCCACGUAUCCCUCGGUCUAUGAGCAAGCAUUGAAAGACACCCAGCUUGGCCUAUUGUGUCUUAGUUGUAAGUCUCCGAUCAACAAUCCGAAAGAUAAAAUGCGCUGCGAGUCGUGUAAGCGUGCACAAGCACCUUGUCCGAUAUGCUGGGGGAAGUACCCAGCCUUUGAACCUAUCAGCUCAAAGCGAAAGUUAAAAUCAAAGCAUCGAGAUGAGAAGGGCCAUAAAAGGAAAGGAUCAACGUCUAUAUCCGCGGGCACAGUGCCAGAGGUGACAGAUGACGGCCUCUCGCCGUCAGUGCCAGAGGUAUGGAACCCACCACCCGCAACACUGUGGACUUGGUGCUCUCUUUGCGGACACGGUGGGCAUACCAACUGUCUGUCUGCUUGGUUUACUGAAGCCACACUCUCCGACGGUGCCUGUCCCACUGAAGGCUGUCUGUGCGACUGCGUCUCGGGCAAUCGUCGUGAAACCAAGAUACAUGAGCUGCUCCAGAGCAAAGCAGAAAAAGAGCGUUUAAAGUUGGUGAAAACGGGUGAGGACUGGAAAGUGGGGGAGAGUAGAGCCGUGUCUGCAGUGCGUGGCGCGUUCGGUGACAGUGGUAGCCAAUCUCCCUCACCCAGCAGCCAGCAGCAACGGAGCCAAACCUCAAGUGGUAUUCGUAAAGUGGACAGCAGGAGAACGCGUGUUCUUGCGCCCACUCCCGGGUCCGGCCCGCAGACGAGUGCAAAUUCAACCUGACACCUUCCCGACCACGGGGAAAGCAAUUUGUUCGGAGUCACUUAGCAACUUGAAGCUGACAUCACAAUCGGAUUUGACGUC